UACACAAGCAGCUCACACUGGGUUGUACCUUCACGUAAAGGAGUCUUGUCCCUCUGUGAGGUGGAUUGGUGCAAGCUAUGGGUACGAGCAGGACACUCCAGCACUAAAAUAUGUGGACUGAAGAAAAGCCACACUUUUAUGGAGGCAUGAGGACGUGGAGGAGAUAAUUCCUAGGAGCUGACACUUCAUAUAAGUUUACCACCAGAGUUUGAAACAUACAGAGACAAGGAGCACUGUACCAUGGCAUCUUUGACGAACACUACACCUCUGCGAGCGGAUUCACAAGAUGAUGGGAACGCAACUGCAGACGGUAAUCCCCAGGGCAAGAUGGCAGAAGAACAGGACACGGGACAAGAUGGCAUGUUAGGAAAAGCACAUGAGUUUUUCCAGAUCUGUGACAUCGAGGACAAAGGUUUCAUUACACGAAGAGACAUGCAGAGGCUUCAUGGUGAGCUUCCACUGAGCCUAGAUGAACUGGAGAAGGUGUUUGAUACUUUGGACGCAGAUGGCAAUGGCUACCUCACCUUGGAAGAAUUCAUUACAGGAUUUAGUCAGUUUCUCUUUGGAGAAAGAAUUCCUACAAAUACAUCAGCUGCAGAGGAACCUCUUGAGACACUGGAGAUGGAAAAAGAAUAUGAAAUGAAAUGGGAGGAAGGUACUCAGAAGCUUGACGAUGAAAAUACUCAAUUUUACAACCUAAUUGACACGUUAGGAGCCAACAAGUUCUUAGAGGAUGAAAACCACAUAAAGAAGCUGUGGAUGGAGCUAAGAAAAGAGGAGCCUCAUCUGUUGACGAGUUUUGAAGAAUUCCUGAUCCGAAUUUUCUCCCAACUUCAAGAAGCGAACGCAGAGAAGACUGAAAUGGAAUGUGCCCUUAAGAAGAAAAUAGCAAACUAUGACCAUGAGAUACGGAAUUUAUAUGAAGAGAUGGAACAGCAAAUAAAGACAGAGAAGGAACAGUUUCUCCUGCAGGACACAGAACGAUAUCAGUCACGCAGCAAAGACCUGGAGCAAAGGCUUCAGUCCAAAGAACACGAGUUGGACCAUCUGGUUCACAAGCAGAAAAGGCUGGAAAAUCAAUGCAAGGAUCUCAACAAUGACAAGUAUGAAACAAAAGCUGAAAAUGAAAAACUGAAGACCUCCAAUAAAGAGAUGAGGCGAGAACUCGAGAGGACAACUCAGGAGCUGGGAACUGCUCAGAGACAGCUAAAGAUUCUACAGGAGGCGGCCUCCCAACUAAAUGAAGAAAGAGAAAUGGAAGUUUACAGAGUAACUGAGAGUUUGCAACGAGAAAGAACAGCUCUAUUGAAACAGCUUGAUCUUUUAAGGGAAAUGAAUAAGCACCUAAGAGAUGAGCGGGACAGCUGCUUACAGAAACCAAAGGGAAAUUCAGGGGCAUCAAUAAAGAAUCAAAGGUCUGGCUCUAUCAUUGGCAAAUAUGUUGACAGGAAACCGUCAGUGAAAAGCCAAUCAUCAGAGGAGGAAGAUGUAUUUCACACUAAAGGAAAUUCUAUUGGACUUAAUGGUUAUUUUACGUCGGCUCAGGAACCUGAAAAUGUUGUGGAGUGUAAACCAAAUAAAUUGAAAAAGCUACAAAGAGUUAUAUCCAUUGAGGAAGACCACUUACCCCAACUGCUGGACAGCCAGCAGGAGAGACCUUUACAUGAGUGGAAAGAAGUAGAUGAGAGUGAGGAGACCAGCACUGAGUUAUCUGAGAAUAUGGAAAAACAGGUACCUAAGGGAGAGGUACCAUCUUCCCCAAGAGGACAACCAGUCGGGAAAGAGACAUUACCAACUGAAGAACGGGUGCACACCUCCCCAGAGCGCAUCUUUAAAAUAGUCUUGGUUGGUAAUUCCAGUGUUGGGAAGACUUCGUUUCUGAGACGGUUUUGUGAAGGUAGUUUUCAUCCUGGAACUUCAGCCACUGUAGGAGUUGAUUACAGUGUAAAGACAGUGACAGUGGAUAAUUGCCAAGUGGCACUUCAGCUUUGGGAUACGGCUGGGCAAGAAAGGUAUCGGAGCAUUACCAAACAGUUCUUUAGAAAGGCAGACGGUGUAAUUGUGAUGUAUGAUAUCACAUGCAAAGAAACAUUUAUGGCAGUGCGACAAUGGCUGACCAGUGUUGAGGAAGCCACAGGGGAAAACAUCCCUAUAAUGAUUUUAGGCAACAAAACGGAUAUUGAAAAAGAAAGAGAAGUGCCCUUUGGCUUAGGAGAACAUCUCGCCAAGGACUGUAAUUUAAUUUUCUAUGAAUGCAGCGCUUCUUCUGGGUACAAUGUUGAAGAAUCUGUGUUGCAUUUAGCAAGGAUACUGAAGGAGCAGGAAGAUAAAGUUAAGGAGAAGACCGUAAGGUUACUUGACUCACCAAAGAAAAGGAAUUGCUGCUCCAGGCAGUAGAUCCAGUUCCUUGUUCUACACUACAGUCCCUCUUGGAUAGAAACAAGUGAUAUUUUAACAGCUAUUCUAGCUUGGGAUAUAAUGGCAGUAUAUAACAGAGGAGGCUGGAUAUAUAACCCACUUGAAAAGCAUCCUUAUAAAGUACACAAAGGUUUCAUCAUGACAAUUAUUUGACACCUUCAAAAAAACAUCCGCCAUUCUCUAGUGCUCAUUUCUAUAGAACAGAAGGUCCAAGCUCUCCCUGUGAACUCUCGAUAAACUGUUAAUCAGUAGGAAUAAUUGUGCAAAGCCAACCAAUACCAUGCGAAUACACCUUAAUAUCCCACUAUGCUCAUUAAAAAUUAUUUUAUACUAUUUUUAACUUAAUUUUGCCAUCGCUCUGUAUGUCUGUACCCAGGCAGACGCAGUCCCUGUGGCGAGCAGGAAACCAGUACAGGUAUGGGAUCUGUUAUCCAGAAUGCUCGGGACCUGGGGGUUUCUGAAUAAGGGGUCUUUCCAUAAUCUGGAUCUUCAUGUCUUACGAUUUUAGUGAAGGGGCUCCUUUGAGGAAAAUGCUUGCUCAGUCACCCUGGAUAGGAUGAGGUGCAAGAAGCCCUAAGGGCCUUUGUCAGGGGUGUAACUGGUUGGGUAUAAAUCUCCCCCCCCCCCCAGGCAUGCUCUCCUUCCUGAAAAGAUUUGCUGGGCCCCUCCAAAGUUUCUUUGCUGGGGGCCUGGCACCAUGUAGUUACACCACUACUCUCAGUGCAGAUAUAGUAAUGGUUCAGGCUGAUGAGAACAUAUAGGCUCAUCUACCUGGCACAGGUGCAGCAACCUCUGUACAUCUGACUCCCUGUCAUUUGUUCAUUGCUGAACUUUUACUAGCACCAAACAACUAACCAGCACUAUGUUAGCCUCACUUUGCUUUGCAUCCUUGGGCCUUGCAGCACGUGCUUUUGUGAGAAGCAGGAAUUGCUGACCAUACCAAACCGCACGUACAGAGGCACUCUUAGAAGCAUUAAAUUAACCCACAUCUAUAACUGAUGAUGAGUGUUAGGUUGAAAUAAAUAUGCUGCUAACUUAAAAUAAUGUAUAAUAAAUGUUAUAUAUAUAUUUGAAAUGAAUGUUAAUUACAAAAUGUCUGAACUAAAGUAUCUAUAAAAAUGGAAAUAUUUAUUAGAUUUAGAAAAGAAUGAUCAAUUUAGAACACUGGCGGCUUCUUAAACAGAGUAAUUCUUUUUUAGUUUUAAUUUUUACAUUUUUUUUAGAAUGUAGUAUGUUGCUCUGUUGGUAAUUGUAUAAUUUUGUUUACAGAAAGAAAAUAUUAUUAUUUAAAAUGUUGCUAAACGGUUGCAUUGUAAUGAGCAUCUGUGCAGAUCUAGUUGGUAUACGGUAAGUUUGUUCAACAAUGUAAAAAAAAAAGAUUUACAGUAUAAUAAAUGUUGGGAGAGAAAAACAAAACCAUUGUCUCUGUAUCUGUAACAGUGCCACACUGAUAUCCUAUAUAAUAAAGUUGAAGUGUCUCUGCGUCCAGUCCCUGUGUCCGUGGGAUUGCGCUACUGCGCAUGUGCCCCACGGACCGUCUUAUUAUUCAAUGUCUGUACGGGAAAAUGUGGGCCGCUCCUAUCUUCUGUCCUGGAGUCAACUGAUCUACUGGCCGAGCAAGUCCCCUUCCCCCGCUGUGGUGUGCUGUACUGUAGUGAUCGUGUGGAGCAGUAAAACAGACCUUUAUUGUAGCUCUCCUGUACUUUUUCUAACAAUCGGCUCUCAGCCGGCAGGCUGCAAACAGCCGACAUGAUCAGUGGAUUGCAGAGUGCGCACGACAUUACACCGUCUGCUGUUUGCAGCCUGCCGGCUAAUAGCCGAUUGUUAGAAGAAGUACAGGAGACUUCGGGGCUACGUGGGCAUUCCGUGUAUUUGUCCCUCUGCUGCAGCAGCCACAUGUCUCCCCAGCGCCGCUGCUCAGGCUGAUGGAUUAGCCGGGACUAUGGGAUCCGUGUGUAUCGCUGCGCUGCUGCUUCUCUGCUCCGCUCAUUAUCUCCGUGUCUUGGCCGACAAGCAGUUCGCAUACAGUAAAUGCAUAAAAAGAUAAGAUGUUUUACUACAACCCAGGAAAACCUACAUUUUGAUGAAACGGCAGUCAAAACAAUAUAAAAGUAUUACACACUGGGGAGCCAUGCAAAGCAGCAAGUUCUGCUGCCUCUGCAAUACCUGUAAAUGGCCCAACUGCCGGCUGAGGGUAUGAAUUUUGCGACUGAUCCUGGUACUGAGGUGGAGGUCUUGUCAGAUGUCGUUGGAGCUGUUCCUGUUGGUGGCGCUGUUUUUCCUGUGUAAAGAUCAUUACAGACUUCAAUGUACACAUGACAUUUCUUAUUAUGUCACACUAUUACUAGUAUCCUCUGUUCUGACUUUUCGAUAGAUAAACACAUAUGAUAUUGAUAUCAAUAAAUAACCUCUCUCUCCACAGUUAUAUGCUAGUCCUGGAUUACUGACUGGGGUUCAGUCAUCCCUUAAAUUGAGCAUGCACUGGCCCUUUAGGCUAAGGGCACACCUCGAGAUUUAGUCACCGGGCAACUAAUCGCCUUUUCUUUGGGGCGACUAAUCUCCCCGAACUGCUUCCCAGUGUCUUUCACCGGCAUUAAUGAAAAAACGCCUGCACCAAUGCACUCGCGGCGCUUUGAUUUCUGAAGUCGCGGAAAUCAAAUGCCGCAAGUGCAUUGUUGCAGAUGUUUUUUCAUUAAAGUCAGCAGAAGACACGGGGAAGUAGCUCGGGGAGAUUAGUAGCCCCAAAGAAGAGCCGAUUAGUCGCCGGGCAAUUAAAUCUCCUCGAAUCUCCAGGUGUGACCUUACCCUUAAGGAAGCCAGCUUCUGACUAAUCCUUUUACCAGCAGACUAAAGCCUAAAAACACGUGAGGAAUUGUAUUUAGUAAAAUGUUAUGUAUAAGCUGGGGAAUUGUGUUUGCUAUGUAAAGUGCAAUUGAAAGGCCAUACUCUUAAUGAUGUCAUGCUGUGUCCUUAGACCCCUAGACCAUAGCCUCUGGCUGACUUCUUGUAAUGGCUUCCUGGUGUUGCAACCUCAUUUACUGGUGUGCUUUGUGUACCACUAUCUGCUUUUCAAUGUUUCCUAUGUGACUGAUGGUCACAGGAAAGAUGGUAAUUGUAACAUGUAUGGCCACCUUAGACUACCCUCUUAGAUUGUACAGAAUUGUAGACAAUUGUGUCUCGUAUCACUUUACUCAGUAAGGUGCUGUUUAAUUUACAACUAAAUUGGAUUAUAACACAAAGAAAGUACGUGACUUGUGGCCAGCCAACAAUAGCGUGUUUUGACUAUGGCAGCUCCCUCAUGGAGUGGUCAAUACACGACAUUAGCUGAAUACUGGAAGAAAAGUUAGCAAAGAAAACAUAUUUUCAAAAGAAGAACCCCACAGAAAAUAACAACAAACUGGCCCUUUAAUAAAAAUCAUUGCAUAUUUUGAGACGUUUGAAUGUAACAUCUGGGAAAAAUUCUCACUACAACCACAUAAUAAAUGAUUUAACAAAA